AUGCCCAAGGGAAAGUGGAUCGACAAGAAGACGGCCCAGCACUUCACGCUGGUGCAUCGCCCGCAAAAUGACCCCCUCAUCCACGACGAGAGUGCGCCGGCCAUGGUGCUGAACCCGACGCAAGUCCCGGGCGGCUCCAAGGCAAAGCGCCUCGACGAUCUCGCUUCCGAGCUCGGCUCCGAUGCCGCCAACAUUCGUGCCAACGAAGGCGAGGCUGCCUCAUACGGCGUCUACUUCGACGACACCGAGUAUGACUACAUGCAGCAUCUGCGGGACCUCAACACAGGAGGCGGAGAUGUCGUUUUCGUCGAAGCGGAGACGGGAAACAAGAACAAGGGAAAGCAAAAGCAGUCGCUCGAGGAUGCGUUGAGGCAAAUGGACUUGGAACAGAAGUCUGGCGACGUGCUUGAUGACGAGAUUCUUCCGUCCAAGAACCUGACGAGGAUCACGUACGAGGCCCAGCAAGACGUGCCAGACGCGAUUCGCGGUUUCCAGCCCGACAUGGACCCUAGAUUAAGAGAAGUGUUGGAGGCGCUUGAAGACGACGCGUUCGUGGACGAGGCGGGGGAUGACGACCUGUUCCAGCAGCUCGCCAAGGACGGCCGAGAGUUGGACGACUACGAGUUCGAAGGUGAACAGUACGACGAAGAUGAUGACGAGGGCUGGGAGUCAGACGACACGGCGAAACCCAUCAAGGAAUUCAAGGAUGAAGUACCCGAGCUGGUCAAGGCCCCGACAGAGCAACCUGAAGAGGGCCCAUCUCAGGACUGGCUGGAGGACUUCAAGAAGUUCAAGAAGGAGCAAAAGUCUGGACGAGCACCUAUUGCGCCUUCGCAGUCAGAGUUGCAGUCGACCUGGACGACAACAACCAAUGGCGGCAGGCGGAAGAAGCGCAAGGGCGCCCUGACCGAGGCGUCGAGCUUUUCCAUGACUUCGUCGUCGCUCGUCCGCACGGAGCAGAUGACUCUUCUGGAUGCGCGGUUUGACAAGAUCGAGGAGGCUUACAACGAGGAUGAGGAGGAUGACAUGGCGUCAGUGUCUGCCGUGUCGGCUGUAUCGAGCGUCACGGGAGCGACGAGAGGAGACUUCGACAACAUCCUGGAUGACUUCCUGGGUAACUACACCAAGCCAGGCAAGCGAACCUCGAAGAAGACCAAGGCGCAGACUGGGCUGGAACAGCUGGACGAGAUCAGGCAGGGCUUGGGACCAGCCCGUAUUCGAGGACGGUGA